GGAAAAAGUAGUUAUAAAACUAUCAACGAUUCGCCAAUAUCGAGAAUUGACUUAUCAAGUAGUUUAGUUCGAAGCCGAACAAAUCAGGUAAGUAAUUGGGAAGAAACCCUAAAAUAGAUCAUUGGUAAUAGAUCAUUGGUAAUAGAUUGGUAAGUUUUAGCAGUUUGUUUUAGCAGUUAAGAAAGAUGGAAACUCAUCCAAAUCAACACCAUAAUCUUCAAAUCAAGGAAUCGUUCUUGGUUGGAAGGGCUCUUCUUAACUUCACGUCAAUUUUCGUGUCUUUGGGAGUGUUUCUUUUUGGAUUUGAACAAGGGUUAAUGUCAUCCCUUUUAACCAAUGAGUUUUUCAAAGAUUAUUAUAAUGAUCCCAGUCCAGUUGAGGUUGGUUCAAUGAUUGCAAUUUUGGAAAUUGGUGCAUUGGGAUCAUCGUUUGUUGCAGGGAAAGUUGGAGAUAAAAUUGGUCGUCGUCGUACUAUUAGAUGGGGAGCAUUUAUAUUUGUCACUGGGGGUUUGCUUCAAGCAACCUCUAUUAAUAUUCUAAAUUUAUCAGUUGGUAGAUUUAUAACUGGGUUAGCAAUUGGUACUUUAACUACGAUUAUUCCUUGUUAUCAGCAAGAAAUUAGUCCUCCAGAUGAUCGAGGUUUUUAUGCAUGUUUAGAAUUUACGGGUAAUAUUAUUGGAUAUGCAACCAGUAUUUGGGUUGAUUAUGGAUUUUCUUUCUUACAAAAUAAUUUAAGUUGGCGUUGUCCACUUUAUGUCCAAUGUAUUAUGGGACUUUUAUUAUAUUUAGGAAGCUUUAUAAUUGUGGAAACUCCAAGAUGGUUAUUAGAUCAUGAUCAUGAUAUUGAAGGAAUGAUUGUUAUUAGCGAUUUAUAUUCCGAUGGUGAUGUUGAAGAUGAAAAUGGUAUUAAUGAAUAUAGACAGAUUAAAGAGAAUGUUUUAAUUGCUCGAGUGGAAGGUGGUGAACGUAGUUAUCAAUAUAUGUUUAAUAGAUUUAAAAAAAGAUUAAGUGUUGCUUGUUUUUCUCAAAUGUUUGCUCAAUUGAAUGGUAUUAACAUUGUUAGUUAUUAUGCUCCAAUGAUUUUUGAAAGUGCUGGUUGGCAUGGAAGAGAUGCUAUUUUAAUGACGGGGGUAAAUGCCUUGGUUUAUGUCGCUAGUACUAUUCCUCCUUGGUAUUUAGUUGAUUCUUGGGGUCGUAAACCAUUAUUAUUAUCGGGGGCAGUUUUAAUGUUUAUCCCUCUUUUAACUAUAUCCUGGUCUUUAUUUAUGGAUAAUCCUUGGACUCCUCAAGUUGUGGUGAUUUGUGUUAUAAUUUUCAAUGCUGCAUUUGGUACAAGUUGGGGUCCAAUUCCUUGGAUGAUGAGUGAAGUUAUGCCCAACUCUGUUCGUUCAAAGGGUGCCGCUAUGGCUACUGCAACCAAUUGGUUAUUUAAUUUUAUUGUUGGUGAAAUGACUCCUAUUUUAUUAGAUUUGAUUAAAUGGAAAACUUAUUUAAUUCCUGCUCUUUCAUGUUUCCUUUCAUUUUUCUGUGUCCAUUAUUUAUUCCCAGAAACCAAAGGGUUAUCCUUGGAAGAUAUGGGAUCAGUUUUCGAUGAUAAUUCUUCGAUUUUUUCUUUCCAUUCAAGUGGUGUUCAUGGAUCCACAUCUUCUUCAGUAAGAUCGGUUGAUUAUGGGUCUACAAGUGAUCCAGAUACUAGCCGUAGAAAUAGUAAUGUUGAUCAAUCUACAAAUGAUGUAUUUCGCCAACUGGCUGCAUCUUUAGCAAGAAAUCCAACAUUGAUGAAACCAGAACCAAAUGGGAUAAUUACUGGGGUCCCACCCCCCCAAUUACCAAGACAACAAUCUCAAGAAUUCAUUAAACCCGUGAAAUCGGACUCUUCGGUCCUCGAUAACUCUUCUACUCAUCAAGAAGUAUCUCCAACCGAAAUCGAACCACCUAGUUUCGAGGAAAUCUUCCAAUUCAAAUUAGCAGAACUAGAAAAACCCCUGUUAUUUAGUAGAUUUUUGAAUAAUGUUUUCAAUCACAUAAGUGUUGGCUUAUUCAAAUCCAAGAAAAGAGGCCAACAUAUCGAUGAAGAAACCCCCUUAGUCAAUUGAAGUUUAGAAUUAUACAAAUACCUCGAUUGUAAUGAUUGUAGUCUACGGGAAGUUUAGAAUUAUACAAAUACCUCG